AUGUCAAUCCAGCAUCAAUCUUCCUCCAAUCAAUCCAUCAGACCUCCAACCUGCCAAUCCACCAUCAAUCUACCUCCAACCUGCCAAUCCACCAUCAAUCUACCUCCAACCUGCCAAUCCACCAUCAAUCUACCUCCAACCUGCCAAUCCACCAUCAAUCUACCUCCAACCUGCCAAUCCACCAUCAAUCUACCUCCAACCUGCCAAUCCACCAUCAAUCUACCUCCAACCUGCCAAUCCACCAUCAAUCUACCUCCAACCUGCCAAUCCACCAUCAAUCUACCUCCAACCUGCCAAUCCACCAUCAAUCUACCUCCAACCUGCCAAUCCACCAUCAAUCUACCUCCAACCUGCCAAUCCACCAUCAAUCUACCUCCAACCUGCCAAUCCACCAUCAAUCUACCUCCAACCUGCCAAUCCACCAUCAAUCUACCUUCCAAUCCAUCAUCAAUCUACCUCCAACCUGAGAGCUUCGAGGAUCUGGCCCUG